AUGUCUGCCCUCAAUGUCGAUUCCUUACCAAUCUCGAAACACACCCCAAACACAAAUCCAAUGUCGCCGGUCGGCCAUUCGCAAUAUGCCCAGAAAGAUCCUGAAUUCGAACCAAUUCCGAUCUAUGAGGGUUUCAGCUUUUCCAAGGCUAUGCCCGAAGAAAGUGCAACCUGGAAAUGCGUGAAACGAACGCCCAUGCAUCUGAAUCAAGACGAGUACUCCAAACUGGUCCAGAAGAGGGCAAACAAGAAGUCGACAGCGCAGCAAUACCAGAGCCUAUCUUCUGAUACCCAGCGUGCUCAUAUAAAUCAACUGAUUGACGAACAAAAGCACAAUAAGCCACUUGUUGAGUGGAGCUUCGUCUAUGUCAAAGAGCAUAAAAAGCUAUCCAAGGCCCGACAUGCUUGUCGCAGUGAUCAUGAAACGGUCACCAUGGAUGUUAUAAUCAUGCAAACGCCCACAAAGACCCAUACAUAUUCCAGGGCCUUUAUGAAUAGCGCAGAAGUUAUUCGAAAGCCUUAUUGGGUGGAUACAAGGAAUUCGCCUAUGUGGUCUCAUCACAGACAACAACCUCUGCCGCCGGAUCGAAAUGGGAAUAUUUUGCAGCCUGUACUUCAACUGCUGCCUUCCAAGCUGACUCCAGCGAUGGUUCCUUUUGCAAAUAUCAAUCCCACUCAGGGCCCUGCCUAUCCGGAUGGCCAAGAUUAUUCAUCGGAAAGUGACAGCGACUCAGAUGAUGCAUCUAUGCUUUCUGACGCAUCCGAUGAAACAACCGCAACAGACGACCUAGAAAGCAUGGAGACUGAGACAGAGACUGAGUGUCAAGAGCCACAACUAAACCGGGCCCCUUUCCGACAGCAGAAUCCCAGUCCUCAUCGUCGCGAGCCAAUCUAUGGGCCUCAUUUACCCCGAAAGUUCCAAAGCCGUAGCCUUGAUCGAAGACAUGACAGGAAUUCCCAUUUCCGCGACCAAUUUGAGGUACCUCCAGCCAAGGGUUUUAGCCCAAGACGGACUGAGAAUGCUCGAUCAGGCUCAGUGCCCGGUAAAAGAUAUCGAAUGCAGCUGAUGACUGACAAUGAGAUUCGAAGCCGAAUGCUUGACCACCGUGAAGCAAGUCUCGGACAUCGAGAGAAAUGGCUGAAGAAGACGAUUUCUGAAGCGCGUCAACUUGAGCGUCGUCAACCAGUGAAGGAUCAGCCAACAGUGUGUCGCUGUACCUGUCGCUGCGCGAUCAAGGAGGAGAGAGAAGAUGCGUGA